AGUUCUAGUGUAUCAUGUUCUAAAUACCACGUUACACGUCGUCGAGUAUCGUUAGUUCGAGUAAACCGAAGAGACACAGACGUUCCGUGAGAAUGACCGCUUACACAAGUUUCCAACAGUACGAUCUGUUAGACUCCGAGGGUUACGGAUCGGCGAGUAGCCCAGAGUCGAAUCCUCGUAGCUGGAUUCAUCAGGAGAUCUAUCCUCAACCGCCGAGAUCCAGGGGUAGCAGUUGUGGUAGCGUGAGCUCGUUGGAUUGUCAAAAUCGCGAGUAUCAAGAGAUCGGUGCAGCGAAUGGCAGCUUUCACGUGACCGCGACUGGCUUCAACUUCACCGAGUUCUACGAGGGUUACUACCAGGAAGGUUGCCGAAACGAGCACCAAAUCGGCCAUUCGAAUAACAUGAGGACGGCGAAGGAGCCGGCCAGGCCGGUGUUCAGAAUGAACGAGUGCGCGGAGAACGUUUACGACGGUGUAUCGAACCGGGCCGAAUUCACCGGUGAGAAUGCUACGGCCAAACAAAGCGCCGACACCCCGCCAAAAAUGGAGCACCACACGAGCAAUAUCUUUAGCAACGGCAGGUGCGAGUUCGGCCAGAAUCAGGAGAGUUUCUUCGCCGCGAAGAGUUAUGGUAUCCCGAAAGGUGAUGGUUUUUUGCCUAGAAAUAACGGCAAUCCUUAUGGGCAGAGGGGCGACAUUCUUUAUUUGGGUGCCACGUACAGCGUGCAGAGAAACGAAAACUACGUUCAGAGCCAGCAAGGCGGCAAAUGCGAGCCGUCCAGGUACCACCAAAAAAACGACGCUCUCCACGUCUCGCCGAUGGAGUACCCCGGCCAAAAGGCGAAGGAGAGCAUGCAGAAGAUCAAAAACGGCACGCCGGGUAUCGAGGUGUUGAGAAAGAGACGGCUAGCGGCGAACGCGCGCGAAAGAAGAAGGAUGAACAGUUUGAACGAUGCUUUCGAUAGGCUACGGGACGUCGUGCCUAGCCUCGGCAAUGACAGAAAGCUCAGCAAAUUCGAGACUCUACAAAUGGCGCAAACGUAUAUCGCGGCGUUGUACGAGCUGUUGCAAAGGGAGUGA